AUGCCGCCAGCAAAGAAGAAAGAUACAAAAAGCGAGAAGGGGCAGCAGAAAGCCCUAGAGAAAGAAAAACAAAAAAUAAUCGAAGACAAAACCUUCGGCCUCAAAAAUAAAAACAAAUCCAAAGCUGUACAAAAGGCAGCAGAAGCAGCAGCAGCAGCAGCAGCAGCAACAGCAGCAGCAGCAGCAGCAACAGCAGCAGCAGCAGCAGCAGCAGCAGAAUUUGUGUGUUUGCAUAACAGCAUUUUGUUGUAUAAGGGUUUAGGGUUUAUAAAGUCAGUGCAGCAGUCAGCCAAGGGCCCGCAGAAAGGGGGAGAGGCCCAGGAGAUACUAAAAAAAAAACAAGAGCAGCAGGCGAAGAAGGCGAUGAUGCAGCAGCAGAUGCUGCUGCAGGCUUUGUUCAAAGGUUAG